CGCGGGAGCGAGUUGGAAUGUAUUGACGUCAGAAGGAAGCUGGACACGCGCGCGCGCGUACGUGUACGCGCAUGCGCGCGCACGGGAUGUUCAGUCUUGUGUUUCUGCGGAGCGGGCGCGCGGGCACACAGCUCGAGACUCUGGUAUGAAUUGAGGAGGACGGUCGCGAGAAAAGUAUGUGCACACAUGGACCGCGAACAUGGAGGAUUGUGAGAGACAACGAGACGGCGGCGCUGUCAGCUGCUGCCACUGAAUCCAGCGGUGACACCAAGUGUGAAGCUGUGCAGUGACAGAAAGAACCGUUAGCUGAGCGGCACGCAGCUGCGGGAUAUCCGCACAACAAUGGCGACUCCCCACCACUGAGGAACUUUGCUGGACUGCACCCCCAUCCUCCCUCUGUCCCCGACACCUUGACACAGCUAUUUCCCGUCUCCUUUUUGCUUUUACCAUCCUCUUGAAGCCUUCAAAACUGCCUCUACCCUCUUCCCUUCCAAAUCCCCUGUUGGUUUCAAACAUGGACUCCUCUGGAGAAAUGACCUCAGCCCAGGAUGGACAUCUCAGCCCCAGGAGCAGCCCCAGCCGCUCUGAUCUCAGCGGACUGUACCAUCUGGGUCGGACGUUGGGCAGGGGGCACUUUGCUGUGGUUAAGCUGGCUCGUCAUGUCAACACCGGGCAACUGGUUGCUGUCAAGAUGAUUGACAAGACAAAACUCGAUGUCAUGGCAACAAGCCACCUCUUACAGGAAGUGAGGUGUAUGAGGCUGGUGCAGCAUCCCAACGUGGUCCGCCUCUACGAGGUCAUCGACACACCCACCACCCUCUACCUGGUCAUGGAGCUGGCCGAGGGGGGCGACCUCUACGACUACAUCCUCCGCCAUGAGGGAGGCGUCGCUGAGGGCACCGCCAAGCGACAUUUCGCCCAGAUUGUGCGCGCUGUGGCGUACUGCCACCAGCUCCACGUGGUGCACCGGGACCUGAAGCCUGAGAAUGUGGUGUUCUUUCCCCAGCAGGGGGCGGUGAAGCUGACAGACUUUGGAUUCAGCAACUUAUUCCAACCCGGGACGAUGUUGGCCACCAGCUGUGGGUCGCUGGCGUACUCCGCUCCAGAGAUCUUGCUGGGAGAAGAGUAUGAUGCUCCGGCUGUGGAUAUCUGGUCUCUUGGGGUGAUCCUGUACAUGUUGGUGUGUGGCGUCCCUCCCUUCCAGGAAACCAACGACAGUGAGACUCUGGUCAUGAUUCUGGACUGUCGCUACUGCGUCCCCGAGCAUGUUUCAGACGACUGCAGAGAUCUGAUCUCCAGGAUGCUCCAGAAGGAUCCGUCCCGCCGCGCCUCGCUCGAGGAAAUCGAGGCUCAUCACUGGCUGCAGGGGCUGGAUAACGCUCUGCUCAGCCCAGAGGCCCCACCACACUGGCUCUCAGGGGCCCUCUCUCCCAGCUCUCCCCGCUCAGGAGUGCCUGAGUGUGGGGACCUGCUCGCGGCGAGGCCUGCCCCUCAGCAGGCUUUCCGUGGACCCUGGCAGCCCAGCCUCAGCUUCACACUCCGUCCACCUCCGGCUGAAGAACCUCCAGUCACAAAGAACCUACCUGCGCUACAGCAGAUCUGUGAGGAAGAGGAGGAGGAGGAGGAGCGGGAGGACGAGGAGGAGGAGGAGGGAAAGGAACCAAAAGAACAAGAAUUAGGAGGCUCACUGGAGAUAAUGGAGGAGGAAGAGGAGCAGAACGAGAUGGUGGAGAUGGAGAUGGAGAAAGAAGGCAGUGGGCGUGUGAUUUCAGACCAGCCAGUCAGUCAUGGAGACCAGCCGGUCACUCAGAGACCUGAGGUCCCACCAUCGUCUCUGCCUGGUCUGGUGGUACCGUGCUGUCAGGGGCAGCCAGACUCCACAAGCCCAGAGGAAGGAAAGGACGAGGAGACAGAACCCAACAACAACACCAACAAACCUCCUCCUCUCCUCCUUGAAUCCUCCGUCCCCGCCAUCCCUGUGUCCUCUGCCACACUCAUCCUGAACGAGAAGGAGGCACAGAAAGCAGGAAGAGAAGGAGAGCAAGACGAGAAAACAGACGAGGGUGGAAGAGAUGACCUCGUAACAGACAGAUCUCAACCCCACAAUGCACUGGGGACCCGGGAUGAGGCUGCCCUGAAGGCAGAGCAGGGGAAACGACAUAGCAUAAAGCUGCGUGAGAGACUUUUUCAGUUCCCUCUGUGUGAGAAAGCUCUGGCCUUCAACAUACCGACAAACAACAAACCCAAGAUCCUGCCGCUGGCUCAGUACAACUGCUGCCAUGUGCUAUAAGUGAAAGCAGCCUGGGUGCUGCUGCGUGGGAUGUGCUACUCACUUGGGACACUGGCUGUUUAGCAGUGGGCAGGUGGCUGGCUACAGAGCACAAACCUUGUGAGGUGGCAAACCCCUGAGCUUCCUGUUGAGCCUUUCUGCUGCAGAGACCUUGAGGCACGAGAGCAAAGGCCCUCAGCAGCCAUUGACAGGAAGGUGUACAGCUUCACACCCACAGACACUCAAUUCUAGUGUUGUUCUGAUGUAAUAAACAUGUGGCGUACAGCACCGUAGUCUGACUUAGUAGAACCUCAUGCAUUUGCUGCUGUGUACAGGAGCAACCGUAGAAUUACAAUGACUAGACAGUGUCCAAUCGGUAGCUUAGAAACAAUACGGGACCUACAGAAAGAGAACGAUGGCUGCAGCAGUUUUUAUUGAAUAAGCUAUAGUCUGUUUUGUUUGUUUAAAAGGUGCCUACAACGAUAAAAUGGGUUUCAUACUGUACAUGGCCACUGUGUCAUUUUGGCUCUGACUGUAAAAAGCUCUAAAAGUCAGAAUGGUCUAGCACUCAGAAAAUCCAUGAUUUCAUAUUUUAUAAUAUAUGAAUUAGAAUAAACUUUGAACCAGCUUCUGCUACAGAGUAGCACUCCUUUCCUCCUACCCUUUGCACAGCCUGCCCUGUUAUUGGUUGAAAAGCUCUACUAUAAGCUCUAUUGAAUAAAGAAAGACUGUUAUGAUAUGAUAUGAUAUGAUAUGAUACUGUGUAGUAUAUGCCUAAGACUGAGAUGAUGAUAUGAUUUUCUGUUCUCUUAAUCCUAAAGUCUUAUUGAUAUGAUGACUUGUCCUAACAUACUGUAUAAUACUGUUGAUAGGAUCAUUGAUUGGGAUGCAGGUCUUCCAUUGUACUUUGAACUCUUUCUUUUUAGCUAUACUGAACAGUUUAAUAUUUGAUCAUAACAGUUUUAUUUUGGAUGCGCAGAUAUGAAGUUCCUUGAUUUUUUUUUAUAACGUGACAAAGAUAUGAAUUCUCUAAAGGGAUAUGUGACUUUGUGCAUGUUAUUACUGUUAUUUAUCACAAUAUACCUCCAUGUGUCUUGGAUCUGACAGGACAUUGCUCUUGUGUAACUGUUAAGUACCUUGAUGUAACCCACUCAACGAUGAAUUGCACACAGUACGACUACUGGUAGUUGGUAGCUUUCCACAAGCAGUAUCCUGGGACUGAUGGGUAGAUUUGUUGGUCAUUUAGACCAAAUGGUAGUCAUAUGUUAUUGUGUAGCGGAGGAGUCCCCCCAUAUGGUUUUAUUUGACUAUAUAAUGCCUCUGUGUGUUUCUGUAUUUUUGCAUACACACUGUAUUUUCCCUCCGUUGAAGCUGGGACGAGAAAUGUAACAUUUUGUAAAGUUAAAGAAGGCCAAAGUUGUACAAUAAGCUACAUGUCUACACCUAUAGGUCACUAACCACAGCUUAUUUCUGUCAGUCACUGCAGUUUCAUGGGUACAACAAAUUGGAUUUUUAACUUGCAACCUGUGGUCCCUGUGAGCGGAUGUCACGUGAAAUCUGAUUAUCACUCACAUUUCAUUAACCAUGGAAGCAUAAAAUCUGUGCAGAAGAGGGAUAAAAUCCCAUUAUUUGUUCCUGUGUGAUUGCAGCCUGUCUCUCCUCAGUGUGUCUGUGUCUACUGACCUGCAUUGUAACUAGGACCACGUCUCUAUGGAGCCAUGAACUUAUUUUUUCUCUAUUUAUUUAUUAAAAUUGAUUAAAUCAACAGCA